AUGGCUGCUUUACGAAAAAAACUUGUUAUUGUUGGUGACGGUGCUUGUGGUAAAACUUGUUUAUUAAUUGUAUUCAGUAAAGAUCAAUUUCCCGAAGUAUAUGUUCCAACUGUUUUUGAAAAUUAUGUAUCUGACAUUGAAGUUGACGGAAAACAAGUUGAAUUAGCACUCUGGGAUACAGCUGGACAAGAAGAUUAUGAUCGUUUACGUCCAUUAUCCUAUCCAGAUACAGACGUUAUUCUCAUGUGUUUUGCUAUUGAUAGUCCUGACAGUCUUGAGAAUAUUCCUGAGAAAUGGACACCAGAAGUAAAACAUUUUUGCCCUAAUGUUCCUAUUGUACUUGUUGGAAAUAAAAAAGAUCUACGUAAUGAUGACGCAACAAAAAAAGAAUUAAUGAAAAUGAAACAAGAACCUGUACGUAGUGAAGAAGGACGUAAUAUGGCUGAGAAAAUCGGUGCAGUUGGCUAUCUUGAAUGUUCAGCGAAGACAAAAGAAGGUGUACGUGAAGUAUUUGAACAUGCAGCACGAGCUGCAUUAGCACGAAAGAAGAAACGCAAAGGUGGUUGUAUUAUGAUCUAA